UUGUCCUCUAUAACAGCUGUUUCAUGAGAUGGAGAGGAGUUAGUGUAUGGUGUUGGGAUUGAUUAAUUUUGUGUGUUGAAACUUGGGAGACUUUAGUUUAAAUAUUUGAUUAUGGCUCAAGCUAGUCAGUCUGCAAAAGUUUUUGUUAGGCAAGUUAAACCUCUUUUGUCUUUGGAUCAUAUUGAGUCUCAAAGAAGAGUGAGGAACUUAUACAGAGCCUGGUACCGUCAGAUUCCCAUAAUAGUACAUGACUUCCACAUACCGAAAUCGGAAGCACAUUGUCGUGCAAAGCUUAGGGAAGAAUUUGAGAAACACAGGGGCGUCAAGGAUAUUCGAGUCAUAGACAUGCUAGUUAUAAAGGGACAGAGUGAGUUGAAGGAAGUCGUCAAUAGAUGGAAACAGGAAGUUCACGUCAUGGCAUAUUUCAAGGACACGUGGGAGCCUAAACCUAAAGACUUCCUCUCGAAGUUUGUCAGUGGAUCAGAGUAAUGCUAUCAUUGGCUCAGACACUUUGGAUAGUCAAAAAAUUGUAAUUUCUUUGGUCUAAUUAUAGAUAUAUCUUCAACAUCUGUAUGAUAUCAAUAAUUUAUUUUAUAAAAUCUGUUAGUAUUCAACAUCUGUAUGAUAUGAAUAAUUUAUUUUAUGAAAUCUGUUAGUAUUUAAACAAAAUUAAAAUGUUGAAUUAAAUUUUAAAACACG